UCCAGUCGUCAGUUCGCCAGGUUGGAAAACCCGCGGCCAAGCCAAGAGAGUUGAGAGUCUUCUUCAUUUCAUUCCACUGUUUGCCAACAUCCGCGGCGGUCGCGUUUUGUCGGUCGGUCGGUCGGGUCUUUCGAUUUGCCCUCCAGGCUGUGACGGGGAUCGCGCGGCUACGUGCCUCUUCUUUUUUUUGCACAUAAAACUUAACUUUUACUUGCAAAUCUUAACGGUCUCGUUUAAAAUUGAGCUCGCGGAAAAGGACGUCGCAGAGGAGAUGAGCGGAUUCAAGCAGUGAUUUGUGAACAAAGUUACUUUUUUUAUGUUGAACAAGUGAAGAAAGUUCGAGAUUGUUGAAACAAAUAAUUAAAGUGAAAUUUUAAAGUGAUUAUUUCUAAGAAAGCAUCAUGACUGGCGAACAGAAAGGCAUCGUGCUCGUGACCGGCGGAGCCGGAUACAUUGGAUCGCACACGGUCGUGUCUCUGCUCGAAGCCGGCUACAGCGUGGUCGCUCUGGAUAACUUUACAAAUUCGGUCAACUCGAACAAGAACGAUUCCGUUGCGCUCAAGAGGGUCGAAACGAUCACCGGCAAGCCGAUCACGUUCUACCGGUGCGAUCUGCUGGACAAGGACGCGGUGGAGGCCAUCUUUAAGGCGCACAAGAUCGAGUCCGUAAUUCACUUUGCCGCGUUGAAGGCGGUCGGGGAGUCGAUGACCAACCCGUUGCUGUACUACAAGAACAACAUGAUCGGCAUGAUCAACCUGCUGGAGGUGAUGGACAGCCACGGCAUCUACAAGAUGGUCUUUUCAAGCUCGUGCACGGUUUACGGCGAGCCGGAGCGGCUUCCGAUCACGGAGGAGAAUCCGACGGGGAAUGUGACGAACGUUUACGGGCGGACAAAGUACUUUAUCGAGGAGAUGUUGAAGGACGCGGUGCGGGCAGAUGCCAAGUGGAACAUCAUUGCGUUGCGAUACUUUAACCCGGUUGGCGCGCACAAAUCCGGUAUGAUCGGGGAAGAUCCCACCAAGCAGUUUACCAACCUUAUGCCGUACAUCAGCCAGGUGGCGAUCGGGAAGAAGGACGUGCUGACCAUUUUCGGUAACGAUUACAACACUCCGGAUGGAACGGGCGUUCGCGAUUACGUUCACGUCAUGGACCUGGCAACUGGCCACGUGGCAGCUUUGAAUAAACUCGAUCGAGAGCAUUUGGGAUUGAAGAUGUACAACCUGGGCACCGGCAAGGGCAUUUCCGUGAUGGAACUGAUUCAAACAUUUGAGCGGGUGAACAAGGUUAAAAUUCCGUACGUAAUCCAAGAGCGACGCGCGGGUGAUAUUUCCGCGAUGUAUGCUAACGCGACGCUGGCGGAAACGGAACUGGGCUGGAAAGCGGUCCACACGGUCGAUGAGAUGUGUGAAGACUUUUGGCGAUGGCAGCAGAUGAACCCGAACGGAUACAAAGGCGAACACAUGAACGGUCAUCAUUGAUUUAAUCGGCUCCGGUUCAAAAAGAUAGUUUUAGCAUCAGCGGAGCUGUUUCCCAGCAGCCGUCGUCGUAUUUACUAUUUAUUGCUCUACACACGUUUUACUACGUCAAACAGGUUGGCAUUUUGCAGUUUUAGCACUUCGGUUCCCACCGAGGUAAAGUUCGGAUAGACAUUUCUGGCAAAUAUCUCCAGGCACUUUGGUCGCUCAGGAAGUAGACUUUCAAACAGAUCUGCAAAGGAAACAAUAAACGAUACUGUUGUCACGA